AUGAACCCUACUCACUUCAACUCUCUCUCCCUUGCUGCGCCUCCUUCCCUCCCCCAACGUCUCUCUCUCUCAACUCCCUCUCGCCACUGCCGGAAAACGGCUGCCACCACCGGUUACGCCGACACUGCUCCGGUCACCACCGUUGCCAUUGCUCAGAAGAAAUUAGAAGGAAUGGAAAACACAUUAAAGAGGACGGAGAAAUGUCAUCCUUUUGCCGGAUUUUGCCAUCACCGCCGCCGCCGCCGCCGAUUUACCGGAGAGCAGAAUUCCAGCCAAGGACAUGGUUUGGGAGAGAAAGUGGGCAUUCAAGAAUAAGGAAUGGCUAUCCGAGAAGCUGCUAUUGUAUAGUACUAAAUAUUAGAGAGUUGAAAAUUAUAUUCACAUGUAUCGCUACUGUAUUACUCAUGUUAAAGAACAUUAUCUCAUAUAUGUACAUGAACACUUAAUAUUCUUCUACUAUACUUGCACUUGCAUAAAUCA